AUGUCGCGACGCGUAAAAAGUAUUGUGGAACCUGAACUGCCGGAAAAAGAAGAGCCAGAAGAAGAAAAGCCUGAAGAGAAGAAGAAGAGUGCCAGGGUUGCUCAGAAGAUAAGAACUUUGAACUCACAAGCGUUGAAUUCUGCCUUGCUCGUUGGAAAUUUCAUAACAUUAAAAAAUGAAAUUGAGAAGCUUGAGUACUGCGAUGCUUACUGUCCGGAUCAGUUUCAUCAAGAAUGCUACGACGCCCUUGAAGGCAAAGCGCGGCUAAAAACCUAUUGUCUUCGAUACCCAAUCCACUUUAAAAUCGCGCUUUCAAGCAUCAGCAUCCUCCUUCAAGCCAUUUACGGGAUGAUGGACAUUUCGUUGAUGGUUGAAAAGCGACAGGAUGAAAACGCUGGACUUAAUGAAGACGAGAUGGAGGAGAAAAUGCAGAACAGGACUACUUAUACUUACUGCAUCGGAACAAUUGGGUUGUUCAUUUCUGUAGUAAACUAUCUUUUGACUGCUUUUGAAUAA